UCUGCUCUAUUUUCCCAGAAUUUUCUUAUCAUCUUCUUCUGUAGAAGGCAAUAAAUGAAGUUCCUGGUUUUUUUUACUAAUUUUGUUAGUUUACAUUUGAAAAUAACCAUUUUUGCAGCUCACAGUUAAAAUACUCGGAAGCUGGGAACCGACUUCAGAGUAACAAUAAUAAAAUGGCUAUGUACAUCCGUGUGAAGCGUAGCAAGACCACAUACUUUAUCCAAUGUGAUCCUAAUGAGACUACCCUAGACAUUAAGCAAAGGUUGCAUACCAUCAGUGAUCAACCUGUUAAUGAUCAGCGUUUGAUCCUAAUGCAUACUGGGGAAAUAUUAGAGGAUUCAAAAUCUUUGUCAGAUCAGAAGGUUGAAAAUGAUGCUGUCGUGGCACUGACCUUGAGAAAAGAUGACAAUGAGUUUGAGGAUGUCAACAUAGUAAGACCGAACGAUUUCUACCCAUCCCGUGAUGCAGACAGCCACUGAUGGAUUUGAAACUGAUACACAGAAGUUGUCUUGCGUAAGUCUUGAUGUUUUCAUUGUUCCAUGAUCUUUGUGCCAUGAAACAUAUUUAUCAGAGCAAUUUCAUGUAUUAACUCUUAAAAUUGACUGUGAAGCUAGCAAGUUUUCUGGUAAAUAAUGUAUUGCAUUCUUGUUGGUGAAAUCCCUGAUAUAUUAUUGAAAUCUCUGUUUA